AUGUCACGGCAACCGAGACUGCUGUCGUCCUCAGAACGAGCGCGACUGGAGGAGUUCCAGGAGGCAAUUCACUACUCUACACGAUACAGUGACGACACAUUUGAAUACCGACACGUUAUGCUGCCCAAGAACAUGCUCAAGGCAAUCCCCAGAGACUACUUCAAUUCCGAAACGGGCACGCUGAGAAUCCUGCUGGAGGAGGAAUGGCGAGGUCUGGGCAUCACCCAGAGUCUGGGAUGGGAGCAUUACGAAACACACGCACCCGAGCCCCACAUUCUGUUAUUCAAGCGAAACAAAUAA